AUGCGCAAGAAGGCCACGUGGGACCGGAGCACAGGUGUCUGGCUGUGGGUGCUGGGCCUGGCCUAUCUGUGGCCACUGCUGGCCUCGGCUUCCACACAGUCUCCAACUGUUGCAGUCCUUGGCCAGCAGGGCGCGUGUGAGGUGGUCACUGCACACCGCUGCUGUAACCGGAACCGCAUCGAGGAGCGCUCGCAGACGGUCAAGUGCUCCUGCUUUCCCGGCCAGGUAGCCGGCACCACGCGGGCAAGGCCGUCCUGUGUGGAUGCCUCCAUCGUCGCGCAGAGGUGGUGGUGUCAGAUGGAGCCCUGUCUGCAGGGGGAGGAGUGCAGAGUGCUCCCAGACCUCUCAGGAUGGAGCUGCAGCAGUGGCCACAAGGUCAAAACCACCAAGGUCACACGAUAGCUUAAUUGACUAUGGACUGAGAAAUGGACCCAAUUAUCAGGCAGUAAAUUUGGAGAUUCACCUCUGGGACACUCCCCACCCACAGCCCAAUAGAGCUCAAGUCUGCCCAGGGACAUUUCCAUUCUGCAUUUGAUCCACACCGUCUCCAGCUUCAUAUCUCCUGGUCUGGGCUCUUCCUGGGGACAGAGAAGGUCAAGACCCAGUUUGUCCUUGAGGAAUGUCCAGUCAAGUCAGAAAGUGGAUGAAAGAUUAUUUGAAUCAUUGACUUGACACAUGUGGUACUGGA